AUGAACAGACUGAAGAUUCAUAGUUCUGUUAUCCCACCCACAUCUGCUCAAGGGGAGGAAACUUCUGGAAACAGCAGCAGAAGUACCAGAUUUAUUCUGAAAAUCUCUUUUUCCUCCCGAUUUUCUUCUAUUUUGGCUUUUUUACUAGUCCCUGGGAAGCUGAAUCUGGAUUCAUCACUACCUAGUCCUGGCAGCACCCUGACCUUGGCCAUGCUCCUUAGCCACCAGGCUACUCAUCUGAACUGGUACCUGCAGCCAGUGGAGAACCCAACCCCAGUGACACUACGAUCUGGAACUCAGGUGUCCCUUAGUGCCGAGAAGGACCGGGCUUUCCUCACCAUCACCAAUGUCUCCCAGGAUUGGGCAGGCCGGUACGUGUGCCGCUUUGUGUCCCGGGGUUUCCAGUGGGAGCUGCAUCAAGUGGUGAAAGUGCCCCUGCAGGCCGAUGAUGUGCUGGGACACCCGAGGCAGCUUUCUAUUUCCUGCAAUGCCUUCUCUGCUUUCCAGUUGAGAUGCUGCAUCCCCAGCACGGAUCUGAACUACACUGCUUCCUGGAGCCCUCAGAACCUAUCUAAUACCACAGAACUUUUGUCCAGGACCUCUGGAACACGGUGUCUCACUCUGGCUGUGCCAAGAUGCCCUGAGAAUGAUACCAAGUACACUUGUAAACUGCAGAGCCCGGGACUGGACCCUGUGAGCAUCCCUGUAACCAUCUCCAUUAUCCAGGAUGGAGAUACUACUUGCCCCCAGGAUUCUUUGGGGGGUAAUUGGAAUGCCACUAAAGCUGGACUUGUGGCCCGGAUCCCAUGUCCCGAGAACAGGACCGGAGUGCUUGAAAGGCGCUGUGGGGCCAGAGGCAGCUGGGGACCCAUCAGCAGCAGCUGUACCGAUGUGAGGCUAGUGGCCAUGUUGCGUUCAGCCCAGGUGAAGCUUUUGAAGCACUUUUUAUGGAGCAGAACUUUCGUCCUAAGCCCGAUUCACCCCCUGAGUCAGGAUGUGUGGGACUGUGAAGGGUGGAGAGGCAGGGAACCUAGCCGGCUUGUUUCAGAGGCCGUGUCCCAAGGCCCUGGCCCAGUGCUUUCUCUCCCUUCCCCUUUCUUUCUGAUGCAGCUGUUGUUGGCAGGCCAGGGAAAGCCCGGAAGGAAGGUGCCGCAGCUCAUGGCACAGCUGCGGGAGCAGGUAGCAGUUGUGAGUUCCCCUUCGGACUUAAUAGCGCUGUUGGGUACUGUGAAUCUGGCCCAAGUGGUGACCCGGUCCAGGACAGCACUUUACCGCCAGACCCUGGAGGAUUUUCUGGUGGCCACAAAUGACCUCUUGGAGUUGGAUCCCAGUUCUCUUUGGGCCCCAGCCCAGGCCCAGGCGCCCUCAAUGAGUUCAGCAGUCCUGCAGGCGGUGGAGAGCCUGGGUGGAAGCCUGUGCUCCAAAGACCACCCCUUCCACCUUACCUUGCCCAAUGUGCAGCUGCAGACCCACCUUCUUGGACCCAUGACCCCCAAGGACUACAGUGUCUCCUUCUCCACCCAUCCUCCUCUCAGAGCAAAGAUCCCCCGCCACGCGCUGGCCCAGCUGGCCUGGGAGACGGGCCACAUCAGCAUCACCAGCGUGGUGCUGCAUAAACUGGGCCGCAUCUUGCCCAGGAACUAUGGGCAAGGCGUGCCGGAUUUGCUCUACGCCCCUCCUGACUUGGUUCUCUCCAACUCCAUCAAAGAUGGCAAUCAGACUGUAACCAAGGUGGAAAUCAUCAUGGACUUUGGGGGCACGAAGGGCACUCCGACGUGCGUCUUCUGGGACCACAGCCUCUUCCAGGGCGCGGGCGCCUGGUCCGGGGAGGGCUGCGAGGCCGGAGCAGGGGAGCCCGGCAGCACCACUCGGUGCGUCUGCGUGCACCUCACCUCCUUCUCCGUGCUCAUGUCUCCCCGUUCUGUCCCAGACAGCCCGACUUUGACCCUGCUGAGCCACGUGGGUUUGGGGGCCUCCAUAGUGGCCCUGUUGUUAUGCCUGGGAACGUACAGAGUCGUGUGGAGGGCCGUUGUCAGAAAUAAGAUCUCUUACUUCCGCCACGUGGCCUUGCUCAAUGUCGUUCUCUGCCUGCUUGCUGCGGACACCUGCUUUCUCGGGACAUCACUGCUGUCCCUGGGCCCCCCCAGCCCACUCUGCCCGGCUGUCACCUUCCUCUGCCACUUUUUCUACUUAGCUGCCUUCUUCUGGAUGCUAGCGCAGGCUCUGGUGCUGGCUCACCAGCUCCUCUUCGUCUUUCACCAGCUGUCCAAACACCGCGUCCUGCCCAUCAUGUUCACCUUGGGCUACCUGUGCCCCCUGGGAUUUGCAGGUGCCACGCUGGGCCUCUACCUCCCUCGGGGACAGUAUUUACGGGACGACGCGUGCUGGUUGGACGGGAAGGGUGGAGCGCUCUAUACUUUUGUGGGGCCGGUUUUAGCCAUCGUAGGCGUGAACGGGUCGGUGCUGGCCAUGGCUGUGGUGAAACUGCUGAGGCCCUCGUUGUCGGAGGGGCCCCAGACUGAGAGGCGGCAGGCCCUUCUAGGGGUGAUCAAGGCACUCUUCAUCCUUAUGCCCAUCUUCGGCCUGACCUGGGUACUGGGCUUGGCCACUCUGAUGGAUGGAGGCAACAAGAUCCCUCACUACCUGUUCACAGUUCUUAAUACUUCCCAGGGGAUCUUCAUCCUCCUCUUCGGCUGUCUCAUGGAUAAGAAGGUGAGAGUGCUUGCUCGGCUUUCCAAACGGGGCUCUGAGCACCGGACCAGCUCACGCUUUUGUCUCCUUUCCAGGUGCAAGGAGCCUUACUCAAACAUCUCUGCUGUAUUCUGCCUGCCGUCUCCACUGUCUCCCUGGCCACAAACGCUCUGAGUGACUUGGAAGGCAGCAGCAAAUGAAGAACAGAGAAUGCUGGUUUUGAAGAGAUCUGGGAUGAUGUAGAUUCUGUUCUCACACACACUUCUGGGACAUGUAGCAAGACUUGAUUUACUGUUUCUUUUUGCCAUUCCAAAAAAAUGAACAAUGACUUCAAGUUUGCCUUUAGACCUCUUUUUAAAAAUUGAAGUUUUACAAUUGUUUUAUGUAUUAAAUAUAUACAAAUUGAAGAACAGAAGCCAAUUCAAGAAAUUUUAUAAGCAUAGCUUAUAAUUGUAGGAGGUAUGAAGAGUGACUAUUUUAGACCAUUAAAAGAAAGUUGGAUCCCAAUGUAGGACUGGGAUAACUUUUUUUAAAAAGUUUUGAUGGAUUUUGUUUUUACAUCAAUGACUUUUUUUCCCUCUUAUCCCCCCAGUUUGAAACCCACAAGUAUAUUAAUAGACUUAUAUAUGACUGACAUGAUAUGUAACCAGUGCAAUUCGUUCCAGCAAAAUCACAAUUUUUAUUUAAUUUAUUAUUUAUCUUCCAUUGUGUAUCCUGAUUGAUAAAAGGCACUCUGAGAGUAUAUACAUUUUCCCUUAGGGACUUACAUUUUUUAAAAAGUUCCCAUGGAUUCUCAGAUAUAAAGGAACCAUAACCCAUGAAGUGCAUAAGAAAUAUGGAUUUCAAAAAAUUAAAAACCAAUUUUCUGGAAGAAGUAUUUUGUAGAAUGAGAUAUGUGGAAAAGGGGCAAUGUUAGGGGUUGAAAGGCGGGGAGGAGGAGAGAAGAUAAUCCAGAAUGCUCUUGCCCUUCUUUCAUAUAAAUCAUUUUAUUGUUAAGGGAAAUAUUUCUCCCCCUCCCCCCAGCCCCAAGGGAACUUAUAACUUUUAAUGCUCUGCUGAAAAUCUUCAGAAAUGGGGCCCCAGAAAUAUUUAAACAUGGAUUAAAACAUCUUGGAAAUGGAGAGCCCCAUCUUACAUACCUCUCUGUUCCUAUCUAACAAUCAAAUUAACAAUCAGCCUCACCACUUUCAACCCUCGGUUUGGAAGCAACAGGCAAAUAAUAGAUUUAUAUUGUGUCUGAUUGGAUGUAUAUGCUCCUAUUCUUUUCCUCCAAUAAUCACAUGUAUCCAGUGCAAACCUUUCCAGAAAAAACACUUUUCUACUUAUUUUCUGUAUCUAAAAUUCCAUAUAGUCCAAUAGUUUUAUCAAAGGCAUCUGGCCCCUACACCAAGGCUUUUGUUCACUUUUGAUUUCACAGCUUAUAUAAUUAAUUCAAAGAGUAAUAAAAUCUUUUAGAGGUUUUUAUAAAUGUAGGUUUCUGAAAUCGUAAAUAAUGAGACUAGCCCUAUGAAUUCUAAAAAACAUUUAUCGGAGGUUUGAAAAGCUAGAGUAAAACAAAUAAACUAACCACCAGAAAUUGAAAAAUCACUAACUGCUCUUGUAGAGGUAAUAAACUACAGCAGAGAUGUCAAACACAGCAGCCAUAUUUAAAAUGUAAUAGGGAAAUAUUUAAUAAAUAAAAAUUCAAUAGAACACAGAUAACAUUAACAUGCGGCUUAAGUUAAUAUGUUGUCAACAGGGAUGAAAGUAGUUUUGUGGCCCACAUUUUAUUUGAGUUUGACAAUCAUGUUUUUUAUAACAAUGUUAUUAACCUAAUACUAUUUGCAAGGUUCUAUAAGGUGGAUGCUGUCAUAUCUAAAGUUAAUUAUCUCUUAAGCAGUCCUCAGCUGACCAAUUGUCAUAUAAACCAAAGGUCUCUGGUCAGGAAUGUGCUGAUAAAUGUUUAAAAACCAGCUCUCCAGAAAGAGAAAUAUGCCCCAAAUACAUUUUAAAUAUUUUCUCUAUCACUUUUAAGUCGAGACAAUAAAAAGAACAGUAAAUCAAACCCUGAGUUCCAAAGGGUAAAUGCUCAACUUGAAAAUUUAACUGUCAGUGGUGAGCUGGUUGGCGCUGGCUCAGCACACCACUGCCUCUGCCUGAGUGUUCUCAUGAAGUCAUUCAGGGCUAAGGCUGUGGCAAUACUUGAUUGGUCAUUUUAAACACUGUGUUUAAGCGUGUGUUCUCAUAGUUCAAACUAUGCUUGUAGGAGGAGCAGCAGAGUGGGGCUGGGCAGGGAGGCUGAGAGAAUUCCCAAUGUUAAACAUCAUGGACAAUCAAGAAGGAAAACGCCUGGUUAGAAUUCCCUCACUGGCUAAAACGAGUAUUUGAAUGCUAAAUACAGCAGCAGCACAAUGAGUAAAUAUGUGUCGAAUACCACAAGAUGGCUUAAUGUAUUUAUUUAACACAGUUACAAAGUGAUAAAAGUUAUUGACAGUAAUUUUAUAAUAAGAGAUUUUGGAAUUUUUGCCUAGGGAAAAUUGCUAUUUUACUUAAAAACUUAAAAAGUUUCCAGAAGAAAUUAAUCCUUGGCUAUAAAAGUUAAUUUGCAACAUAACAUUUGACAUUUUACUAUAAACACUAGAGUGAUGUUCUAUUUAAAUUCUCUUUUCCCCCCAAAACCCCACCCCCAACAAUGGUUCACUUCUUUUCAUAUGUGAGUUGUUGUUUUUUAAUUUAUGUCUUCAGAAGUUUUCUUCUUUCAUCUCCUUUCAGGUCUUCUUCCCUUCCUACCAAAAACAUUUUGAUUUUUGUCUGGCUCUAAGAUUUCAUUGGUGUGGGAACUAAUUCCCUCUGCUGAUACAGACUAACAACUCACCUGUUGUCUAGUCUUACAGUUGCCUAACCUACUGGGAGAUGAUGUGAUUUAAGAGCACAGACAGAGUUGGAAGGGGCCUUGGAGCCCACAUAGCCCAUACCUCUUCUUUCACAUAUAAGAAGACUGAAGCGCCAAAAAGGUUGCCAAGGUUACAUGGGUUAUUAAAUAGAAGAGGUUGAUGUGUUAAAAGUGUAAUAAUCAACAGUGGGUCUGAGAAGCCUGGAGCCCACUCUUACUGCCCAAGGAGAAGCAUCUAGAUGUCACUGUAAAAUGCCACCCUUUAGGUGAGAUUCAAUAGAGAGAAUAGGAGGAUUCAAUAGGAGAAAUGUCUGGAGAGAAGCAAAUAAAGCUGACAAGACAAUCAGGAGAUUGAACUAUGAGGACUAAUCGAAAAGACUAGUGUUUUUUAGUUUGGAAAAGAUGACUACUAAGAGGAAGACAAGACUGAAGCUCAUAAAAUCAUGUACAACAAGAAUAUAAACUCACUAACUUGAUUAAGUGAUGAUGAGAAUGAGGGGCCACCCUUUGAACACUGAGUGAACCAAGUUUAGAACAAAUAAAAGUACUCUGCCAAAUAUCUAAUUGUGUAAGACAGGUACAAUUAAUGCUGAUAAGUAGCUGAACUUUACCUUGUGAAAAAAAAUCUCAUAACCAAUCUGGGUGAGUUCACUUUUUCUUAGAUUAAAAAAAAAAAAUAGGCUAGAGGAUCUAAG